AUGAGCACGAUAAACUUCGCCACCGGGUCCGCGGACGACGACAUCUACAUUGGCGUGUGGACCAACUGGGCCAGGGGCCGUGUCUUUGGAGCGACGCUCACCGUGACCAGCCGCGAUGGCGCUCUCCUCGUCGCCUUCCUGGCUCUGUUCGUCAGCCUUGCCGGGAGCGGCCUUUGGAAGAUUGCCUGCUUCGCCCUGCACCACGUCUAUUCCACCGACGCACCCAAGGACGCGCUUCACCACCAACGCCAGGCAAUCCUGCGCAACUCGGCCAAUGGGACUUCCGGUUUGAUCGGUUUCGUCCAGCUUCUCUGGGCGUGGCGUCACAGCAGCAGAGUGGACCGUCCUUAUCGGCGAACCUUUCCCCUGCUGGCUCUCACGUUGGCCCUGGUGGGUGCGUUUGCAACCGCUGGCACCUUUUCGUCCAAGAUUGCCACCGCCAUGGGCCAUGAGGUCCUCGUGUCCAGCGGCGGUUGCCAAAUCACAGACUCCACUGGACACGAGGAGCAAGACUUGGAACUUCUAUGGUACCCUUACAUCGCUGGCCAGGUGGUGUCAUCAUCGAACUACGCUCUGGAGUGUUAUUCGGACAAGGUGAAGGACAGGAACUGUCAACACUACAUCAAGCCACGUUUGGAAAGCAGGAUAGUGCGGAACGCAACAUGUCCCUUUGGAGAAGAGGUUUGCCGUCUGCAGAACGGGAACCUUAUCCUUGACACCGGCUACAUGGACAGCCAUUCGGAUCUUGGCAUAAACACCCCCUUUGGAGACCGCCUUCUCGUUCGAAGAGUGGUCAGCUGCGCGCCUCUCGCUGUCGAGGGCUACAAGGACCUCAAGCAGUACGACGAGCUUGGUCCGACAAACUAUACGCGUUACUUUUACGGCCCUCAGUCUUUGGGGCUCCAGCACUCCAAUAAUUUCACCUUCCAGUAUCCUGAAUUUUCCAAAGAGGAAUACUUCAACUCCUUCUACGACGUCGGAGAUACUUCCUAUAGGGGCGCGUAUAGCAUAGACACUUGGAAGUACAGAAUCAUAAACGGCACGACGGACAACAUUUUUUCCGACUGGGACCCUAUACCUGCACUCAGAUACUUGGAUGCCGACGUCAUGGUUUUCUUCCUGUCUGCCAACUGGAUGCUCUUCAACGCCGAAGUCAACGAUCCGUGGUACUCGGCGCACCGGAAAAUCGGCGACGCGAACAAUGGCGUAGGACAAAACCAGGACGACUCGAUCCCGGUCAUAGUCGCAGACGAAGCAGCUUCCCCACUGGCGUGCAAAGUCCAGCAACAGCUGUGCAAUCCGAGCAGCAGCAGCGGCGGCGGCGACGGCAACCCCCGCUGCUCCCGCAUGAUGGGCCUAUACGAACCCGUCGGCACCUCAAUCGGGGAUCUGGGGCUCAACGGCCGGCAGAAGGGGGCGCUGCUCAAGCACAUCAGCGCCCUCCUCAAGCAGGGCUGCGACCACCUCUUCGAAGCCGUCGGCGUGCUCGGGCCCGCGGCGCUGAUGUCCAAGUUCGCGGCCGACGCGCGCUUCCAGGGCCCGCUCCCGGACGACCAGUGGCAGCUGGACGUCGAGUACUGGCACAACACGUCGCUCGCCUUCCUGCAGGCCUACGCCGUCGAGGCCGCAAAGGGGCCGUCGGACCCGCGCAUCGACAAGUUCGUCGUGCCGACCGACGACGACGACGACGACGACGACGACGCCGCGUGGAACGCGCUCUGCAGGAGCCAAAAGGUCCGGUCCGACGCCCACUUCAACUUCUCCGUCUUCUGGCUCUCCGUCACGCUCGGCCUCAGCGCCGUCGCCGUCGCCCUCUCCUGCGCCGUCGAGCCGCUCGCGCGCCGCGUCCAGCGGAGCAGCUGCCGCCGCGACGGCGCCGACCCGUACGCGCGCCUGGAGUGGGCGGCGAACGGCACGCUGCAGCUGCAGCGGCUCGCGCACGAGGGGCUGGGCGCCGGCGGCGUUUGGACGCGCUGCGUCGACGACGUGCCGGUCACGGCCGACGGCCGCGAGCGCCUCGCCGCUCUCGACCUUUCGGAUCCGGAGCACCCGAGGCUGAUGGAGCCGGUGAAGGGCUUGGACGAGGUGUUGGCUGGUGGUGGUGCUGACCGUGGCACGGGCUUCGGCGGCGUGGGGAUCUAG